AUGCCUGACGAUUCCAAUGUUACUUCCACCUCGGCAACCUCUGAUGCUCCCAAAGCCAGAGAUUUUGCCUGUUUUGACUACACAACUGCUCAGACUCCAGGAAAUGAACGCCAAAUAGAUCCGUCUGGAUCACCUUCCUCCGGCAGAAGUGGUGACACGACCAAGGAGGUUUCUAAAGAUUCCUCAUCGACUUCGGAAUAUUGGUAUUACUGUGAAGAGCCGGAGAGUAUGUAG